AUUUUCACCCUGUGUUUGGUGUUUUGGUCACAUCAAUGUGACAACAACAAUGUGUUUUGUUAAUAGGCUAGGCUUCAUGUCUAUCUCAUUUACAUUUAAAAAAAAAAACAUUCUUGAGGUAGGCUAUAGGCUAACUUGCAAAGACUAGUCUGCCAGAAAUAUAUUAAAAUAGGAUGGGAAACUAGCUAGCAUGUUUAAACUGGAAAAUGCAUGGGGUUUUUUGGUAGUCUAGUAAGUUAAUGUUAGUCCUGCUGUAACAUAUUUUGAGGAAGGAAAAUAGCCAGUGGCAUGUUUUCUUUAAAUUUACAGCUUACUGUAAAUAAGCUAAUGCUAGUGGUAACAUUACUAGCCUUUUAUGCUAUUAGCGCUUUAGCCUUUAACUUAGCUGGUGACAGCAAUGCACUGUGUCGUAGCCUAUUUCUUGUUUCAGAUGUUUUUAUUAAGAAGUUAUUUCAUGUCACUAACAUAGAACAAUGUCACAUACUGCCAUGGUUAUUGCUUGACCUGUGCAAAGGCUAACUUUAGAGUUAAAUGUGUGCUGGUAGAGUGGCAAAGCAUUAGCACCAAUUAAAACUAUUAAGAGGUGAAUUCAAAUGUAGUGUAGAAAAGCUAUUGAUACAAAAAUGUCAGCCCAAUAUUCUCAAGAUUAACACUUUCACAGAUCAACUUAUAAGUGCUUUUAUAUUAAGACUACUGAUGAGUAUUACAGGUGACAUUAACAACAAAAAUAUAAUUUUAAAACACCAGAUACAUGUACAGCUUCCUUGCUCUCCGCCCUCUCAUGUCAGGAAGUUGAGGUGACAAUCUAAUUUCACUGGGCUUGCAAGUGCGUCAAACCUCGCAAGUGUCACAUUUCCAACAGCACUAGAAGGCAGCACGUCCCUGUACCACUACGAGCAGCAGCAGCAGCAGCGGCGGCGGCGGCGGCGGCGGUAUCAGCAGAGCUUUCUCUCUCUGUAACCUAAACAAUGACUCCUACUACAAACCGGAGGAAAGCACGCCAGUAGAAUGCGUUACACAGCACCAAAACCCUGCAUUUCGCUGCUAUUCCGACCACACACAUCAAUGUGCCAAAAGUAAACAUGUGGAUACCUACAGAGCAGGAAAAAUACGGCGUCGUGCUGGCCAGUUUCCGAGGGACUGUCCAGCAUGGCCUCCCACUUGAAAUUGGAGACACAGUGCAGAUCCUGGAGAAAUGUGAAGGCUGGUACCGAGGAUUCAUCCUGAAGAAUCCAAAUGUCAAGGGGAUCUUCCCAUCCAGCUACAUCCACUUGAAGAAUGCCCACGUCAAGAAUAAGGGGCAAUUUGAGACUGUCAUCCCCGUUGAAGACUCUGUCAUCACAGAGAUGACAUCAACGUUGCGAGACUGGGGUGCCAUGUGGAAACAACUCUAUGUGAAGAAUGAGGGCGAUUUGUUCCACCGACUUUGGCAUGUGAUGAAUGAAAUCCUGGACCUGAGGAGGCAGGUGCUGGUGGGCCACCUCACCCAUGACCGCAUGAGGGACGUCAAGCAGCACAUCACGGCGCGAUUGGACUGGGGCAACGAACAACUCUGCUUGGACCUGGUGCCCAGGCAAGAGUUCAGCAUGGUGGACCCAGAUGAAAUCAGCGUUACAGAGCUUUACAGACUGAUGGAACAUCGGCAUCGGAAGAAGGAGACUCCUGCACCUGCUAGCACCCAUCACCUGUUUGUCCACAUGAAGAGUCUGAUGAGCGUCAAUCUUGGGGAGGAGCUAGAAGUUUUCUUCCACAUUUAUGAUGGGCGGGAGAACCGGCCACUCAGUGAAAGGUUCUUUGUCAAACUAAAUAAGAGCGGGUUGCCCAAGUCGCCAGAGAAGACCGAGAGACAAUGCACGCUAUUCGUGGAUUUGGGAAGCAGUGAUCUACGAAAAGAUGUCUACAUCGUAGUACACAUCAUAAGAAUAGGGAGAAUGGGAGCAGGGGAGAAGAAGAAUCUGUGUAGCGUGCAGUACAGGCGGCCGUUUGGCUGUGCUGUCGUCAGCAUCGCUGAUCUCCUCACUGCCGACUCCAAGGAUGACCACCUGCUCAAGGUUUAUGCGUGUAACACUGAGAGUGAGUGGUACCAGAUUCAUGAGAACAUCAUCAAAAAGGCAAAUUCCAGGUACAACCUGUCGGGCUCCAACACCGGUCUGGCAGUGGCUCUCCAGCUCCUCCACGGGGACAUAGAGCAGCUGAGACGAGAGUACAUGGUGCUCUUCACUCGGGGUGUGUCCAUCACCAGGAAACUGGGCUUCUCUGACAUCAUCAUGCCAGGAGAGAUGAGGAAUGACCUUUACAUCACACUGGAAAAAGGCGAGUUUGAGAAGGGUGGGAAGAGCGUAGCCAGGAACGUAGAGAUCACCGUCUAUGUGCUGGAUAUCGAUGGACAGAUCCUCAAGAGUCAUGUGGCUGCUGGCUCUGGCGAACCUGGUGGGGAUGAGUACCACUCCUUGGUGCUGUACCACAACAACAGCCCCCGCUGGGCGGAGCAGAUCAAGCUGCCCAUCCCUGUCGACAUGUUUAGGGGGUCACACGUCCGGUUUGAGUUCCGACACUGCUCCACUAAAGACAAGGGAGAGAAGAAACUGUUUGGCUACUCCUUUGUUCCUCUGAUGCAAGAGGAUGGCAGGACUCUGCCAGAUGGCACCCACGAGCUCAUUAUCCAUAAGUGCGAGGAGAAUACCAGCUUGGCAGACUGUUCGCGUUACCUGAAGCUGCCGUUCUCAAAGGCCAACCUCCCGUCCAACAACCAGACUCUGAAAGGCACCAAAGAGUCUUUCUGGAUCACCAGCUUUCUCUGCUCCACCAAGCUCACACAGAAUGGUGAUAUGCUGGACCUGUUGAAGUGGCGGGCCCAUCCCGAGAGGAUCAACGACAGCCUCUCCAAGCUGAAGGAGAUCGAUGGCUCAGAGAUCGUCAAAUUUCUACAGGACACCUUGGACACACUCUUUGGUAUUCUCGAUGAAAGCUCUCAGAGAUAUGGGCUCAAGGUGUUUGACUCACUGGUCCAUAUCAUAAACCUCCUCCAGGACAGCAAAUUCCAGCACUUCAAACCGGUCAUGGACACCUACAUUGAGAGCCACUUUGCCGGAGCUUUGUCCUACAGGGAUCUGAUCAAAGUACUGAAGUGGUACGUGGACCGCAUUGUUGAUGCAGAACAUCAAGAUCACAUACAGCAGGUGCUCAAGGCCAGCGAGUACAUCUUCAAGUACAUUAUCCAGUCUCGCCGGCUCUUCUCAUUGGCCACCGGAGGCCAGAACGAGGAGGAGUUCCGAGUCUGCAUCCACGAGCUCUUCAUGUCCAUCCGCUUCUUCCUCUCGCAGGAAAACAAAGGCACCAGUCCCGUUGCACAAACCCAGGCGGUGUUCCUGCGGACAUUUCCGGCAGUUUAUGGCGAACUGUUGAAGAUCUUCACAGUGCGGGAUGUGGCCGGCUUCGUCAGGGAGACACUGGGAAGCCUGCCCAACACUGUCCAAGCUGACUGCCCCCUGGAGGCCGUCAAACUACAGUGUAUCGCCAAGACGGUGGAAAGCCAGCUUUACAUUAACCCAGAGUCACGGUGCAUCCUGUUACCGGUGGUGCUCCGGGUCCUCCAGGCCCACAUGCAGGAGCAGAGAGACCUUGUCAUGUGUGCCCGCAUCCUCACCAGCAUGCUCUCCCUCAUCAAGAAGGAAGAAAAUGGCACUGCGGAGCCGGUGGUCUCAGAAGAGGUGGAGCUAAUUGUAGAGAGCUUGCUGGGAGUUUUACUGAGGACCAUCCUGGAAAUUAGCAACCGGCCCCAGCCUGCAGGACCUGCCAUGAGACUACAGUUCCAGGAUGUCACUGGAGAGUUUGUUGCAUGUUUGCUGGCGCUUCUGCGACAGAUGAGCGACAGACACUACCAGCAGCUACUGCAGGCGUUCAGCAGCAAAGACAACCUGAGAGACUUUCUUCUCCAGAUCUUCACAGUCUUCAGGAUCCUAAUCCGACCAGAAAUGUUUCCCAAAGACUGGACCGUCAUGCGGUUGGUCACCAACAAUGUCAUCAUCACAACUGUCCUCUACCUUUCUGACGCUCUGAGGAAAAACUUCCUCAAUGAGAAGUUUGACUACAAGGUGUGGGACUCGUACUUCUAUCUGUCUGUAAUAUUUAUAAACCAGCCGUGUCUGCAGCUGGAGUCCUUCUCUCCCUCCAAGAGGAAGAAGACGCUGGAAAAGUAUGGAGACAUGAGGGUGAUGAUGGGCUGUGAGAUCUUCAGCAUGUGGCAGAAUUUAGGGGAGCACAAGCUGAACUUCAUCCCAGCAAUGAUUGGUCCAUUCCUGGAGGUGACGCUGGUGCCUCAGCCUGAUCUGAGGAAUGUCAUGAUCCCCAUCUUCCAUGACAUGAUGGAUUGGGAGCAGAGACGCAGUGGAAAUUUCAAACAGGUGGAGGCCAAGCUAAUUGACAAGCUGGACAGCCUGAUGUCCGAGGGCAAAGGAGAUGAAACGUACCGGGAGCUCUUCAACAGCAUAAUUCCUCUGUUUGGUCCGUACCCUAGCCUGCUUAAGAAGAUUGAGAGAGAAACCUGGAGGGAGAGUGGGAUCUCUCUGAUCGCUACGGUCACCCGCUUAAUGGAGCGAUUGCUAGACUAUAGGGACUGUAUGAAGCUGGGAGAAGUGGAUGGAAAAAAGAUUGGAUGUACUGUCAGUUUACUGAACUUCUACAAAACUGAGUUGAACAAAGAGGAGAUGUACAUCCGCUACAUCCACAAACUGUACGACCUGCACCUGAAAGCACAAAACUACACAGAGGCUUCGUACACCCUGCUGCUGUAUGAUGAGCUAUUGGAAUGGUCAGACAGGCCACUCAGAGAGUUCCUCAACUACCCCAUGCAGAGCGAGUGGCAAAGAAAAGAGUAUCUGCAUCUCACCAUCGUACAGAACUUCGACAGGGGGAAGUGUUGGGAGAAUGGCAUCAUCCUGUGUAGAGAACUCGCUGACCAAUAUGAGUCUUACUACGACUACAGGAACUUGAGCAAGAUGAGGAUGAUGGAAGCCUCUCUCUAUGACAAGAUCAUGGACCAGCAAAGACUAGAACCUGAAUUCUUCAGAGUGGGUUUCUAUGGAAAGAAGUUUCCUUUCUUCUUACGGAAUAAGGAGUUUGUGUGCCGCGGCCAUGACUACGAGAGGCUGGAGGCUUUCCAGCAGCGGAUGCUCAACGAGUUCCCCCACGCCAUAGCCAUGCAGCACGUCAACCAGCCAGACCAGACCAUAUACCAGGCGGACGCGCAGUAUCUGCAGAUCUAUGCUGUAACCCCCAUCCCGGAGAGUCAGGACGUGCUCCAGAGAGACGGAGUGCCUGACAACAUCAAAAGCUUCUACAAGUUCAAUCACAUCUGGAGGUUCAGAUACGACCGGCCAUUUCACAAGGGCACCAAAGACAAGGAGAAUGAGUUCAAGAGCCUUUGGGUGGAGAGGACGACCCUGACGCUGGUCCAGAGUCUUCCAGGCAUCUCCCGCUGGUUUGAAGUGGAGAAAAGAGAGCUGGUGGAGGUAAGCCCGCUGGAGAACGCCAUCGAGGUGAUCGAAAACAAGAAUUUACAGCUCCGCACAUUGAUCACCCAGUGUCAGAGCCGGCAGAUGCAGAACAUCAACCCCCUCACCAUGUGCCUCAACGGGGUCAUCGAUGCCGCCGUCAACGGGGGGCUGGCCCGCUACCAAGAGGCCUUUUUCGUGAAGGACUACAUCAUGAAUCACCCUGAGGAUGGCGAGAAGAUCGGGCGACUGAGGGAACUCAUGUUUGAACAGGCACACAUUCUGGAGUACGGCCUCGCUGUGCAUGAGAAGUUUGUUCCCCAGGACAUGAGACCUCUCCACAAGAAGUUAGUGGACCAGUUUCAUCUGAUGAAAUCCAGUCUUGGCAUACAGGAGUUUCCGGCUUAUGUGCGUGCAAGCCCAGUGCACUUCACCAACGGGAGCCCGCGAACAUGCAGGAACUCUGUGCCCAACAUCAUUAGCCCAGACGGUGGCAGAGGGGUUGCCAGGCGGAGCUACCCUGCAGUGAACCGCUACUCCUCGUCCUCUCUGUCAUCUCAGGCCUCCAAUGAAGUCAGUAACAUCACAGGGCAAUCGGAGAGUUCGGAUGAAGUCUUCAACAUGCAGCCCAGUCCGUCUACCUCAAGCCUCAGCUCCAACCAUUCUGCCUCGCCCAAUGUCACCAGCUCAGCCCCUUCCAGUGCCAGAGGUUCACCCCAGAUGGCAGAGAAACACAAGCAUUCCAGAGAAAAUGCCUGUCUGUCUCCACGAGAGAGGCCGGUCAGCGCCAUCUUCCCCAACCCCCUGGACCCUGCACAGAGAGCUCCUCCUCAUCAGAUAGGGGAUACCACUUUACCAAGGAGUGACCCCAACCUCUCAGCACCAGACAAAGUGAGACCCACACCCAGUAGCUGGAGCCUUGACAGUGUCAAAGAGCGCACUCCAUCCUUCACCGACUCUGUCGGCAAAUUGCAAUGCCCUCCUGUACCUCCUAGACCGCCAUACUCAGCAGGCUCCUCGGCUAAAAGCAUGAGGUCACAGUCCCCUGUUUCCACGUCCAGAUCGCCGCAAAAGACCACGGUGCCGCCUUUCACACCUUCACCCACCGAGUGCCAGUCCACCAGCCUGGUCUCCAACUCCCCUGUCCUCUCCGGCAGCUACAGCAGCGGCAUCUCCUCCCUCAGUCGCUGCAGCGUGUCGGAAGCUUCGGGCACCGAGCUACCUGCAGGUGACCACCCACCCCACCCGCUGCCUCCACCCACCACCCUGCCAAACUCUGUCUCCAGCAGCUCAGACGAGCCGGUCCGCAGAGAGAACAAGACCCCGCCCCCUUACAGUGUGUACGAGAGGAACAACCGCAGGCCGGUCCCACUGCCCCACAGUCUCUCCAUCCCCCCACAGACGGACCCCCCGGCCCUGCCACCUAAGCCUCACCAGCUCCGCACAGGCAGCAUGAAGCUGGAAGGAACCUCCGACCCUCGAGUCCCCAGACCAAGGCCUCUGCCCAGAAAGGUGUCCCAGCUAUAGGUGCUGGUUCAGGUCCAGGUCUGGAGCUUGAAGAAACACACUGGCAUAUUUUGCACUUUUCUACUGGGCACCUACUUGUUUUUUUGUGAUCUUCAGUUUGGCAUUCCUGACCUAUACACUCCAAUAAAAGACACCGGCCUAUAGAUUAUCAGGCAGUCAAAGAAACUGAAGAAACUGUCAAAUAAUUAAAAUUUCUUUUUGUAUUUACUAGAGGGCAUUGCAUUGACUUUGACAUGGUCUUUCCGCACUUUUAGCUCUAGUACGUAUAUUAGGUCACCACGGUCAGUCGCAACGUAUGUUUACCAGAACACUCUAGAAAAACACAGUUUUGAUAGAUGUAAUAAUCUCAAAUAUAUGUAUAUUGGUAUAUAUGAGAAUUGUUUUUGCCUUAAGUAUUGGAAACAGAGUCUUUUAUCCGUGAGUCUUGCACGUUUUUUUUUAAACAACUGUGUACAUUUGUAUACUGUUUGGCUAAAAGGUGCUAGAGGCCUCGAGUAUGCAUUUCAGUGAAGUGUAGUAGACAAGGGUGUGUUCCCAUAGUCAUAUCCACACAAGCAAUGGCACAAAAAAAGUUGAACAUAUGCUAACAAAAGUGUAUUAUGGUUAAAUGGGGAAAAUUUGCUGUUAACUGCAUUUUUUUGCCUGCCAAUUAACCAUAUUGUGUCAUUUUUAUGCAGUGAUGUAAAAGGUUUGGUAACUUCGGCCCAAUAAUGAGAGCAAUUUUGAGGCUUAUUUAACUGGUCAUAGGUAAGAGAUGUAGAGAUUUUUCAGUGGGAAGUUGCCACCUCUACUGCCCGCCUCUCUCUAGAAUCUUAAAAUCACCUCACCCUUCAUACCGACCAAAAACUGCCCCCAUUAACAAUGAGCCUGGACCAAACACAUGGGCAAUCGUUGGUGCAAUUGCAUGUUAAGAAGCUGUACCAUUGCCAUUUAUGUGAACACAUCCUAUCCCUCCUGCAUGAUGUCCAUGCCAACAGAUCUUUGGGGGGGAGGGUUACCAGGUGUUGUGCCAAAGGAAAUGUACAAUGUGCUGUAAAGAAACUUUACUUUUUUUUUUUUUUUAACUGGGACCUGGAAUCAAGAAGCUUGGAAAUGUUCAGCUGAAAAGACAUUUUUAAGAAACACUUUUUACAGUGAUUUAACCCAGAAGUCCUACUUAAACGAUAACCGACUGAUCAGAUGUAACUCCAGACAAGCACAAACGAGAUCUAUAUUAUGACCAGUACUGUUAUUAUGAACUCUAUUUGACAAAAUUAGAGUUGGAAUUAGUUUCACCGUCAGCAAUCACUCUUAAAAUACACGCUAUUGAAGAAAUAUUUACAAACUAAUCAUUGUCAGAUAUACAGUAUGUACAGAUGAGAUUUGCUUUGCAUUUGAUUAAAAAGAUGGACGUGAGUUGACUGCACUAUAAAUAGUUGCUCAGUUCAACCACAUUGCAUUGCUGCAGUGAAGUAAAUGUUCUGUGGCAGGUAGAUUUCACAUUGUUUUGUAAAAUAGGAGAUUUUGACAUAAAAUACUCAUCAAUCUUAAAUUCUGUGCAGCAUUUUAUGGGGUGGGGGAGGGGUUAGCUUUAGUAUUGUUCUUAUGUUUCAUUUUUGUAUGGUUAAUUUACUUUUUGAUUUGUUGUGAAUUUGAGAUUAAAUAUUCCCAUUAAUCAGUACUUGAGAACCUGUAAAUUAUAUGAUGAGAUUAAUGUAAGUAUGCCAAAUAUAAAAUUUGUGUAUUACAAUUAAUGUAAAUACUGUGUUUUUAACAAAAUGUAGCUAUAACAAUUUACAGCUUUGAAUGUAAUGUUGAAGCAGCAAAAUAUUAUUAUAAAUGUUCAGACUUUUAUGGUUUUGUGAGUGUAGAAAAACACAGGUCAUGCAUUAUGACACCUAACACAUUUACAAGUUCAAUAAACUGCCCUAUGUAAUACAAAUGGA